AUGUUUCGCGCCUCUCUCACCAUGUGCGGCGGCGGCGUCCUGCGAGGUGCUGGUCGGGCUGGGCGAGGGAGAAAUGUGGUGGCAUCAGCCGAAGCAGCUGCUAGCACAACUCCUAGCAAGAUGCAGAGAAGGCGGCGGGCGGAAAGCAAAGAAGAACAGAAAGAAGACUCCAGCGACUUUACCUAUACCCCCGCACCGCAUGCCCAUGGUGGUGCUGGCAAACCGAGCAGCACGAGUACUUCUGCCGGCAGUGUAAGGGAAGGACGCGGCGAUGAGGUGCUUCAGUUGGCCCAUCGUAUGCAGCAGCGUGACCUCACAGGCGAGGUGCCGGUAGCGUCCUUCGCCUACGAGGUGCUGCGCGCACACCCGUCGGUGCGGCAGAUGGGGCUGCGUGAACGUAUGUCGUUCCUGUGUGAGCGCUGGGAGCGGCUGAGCCAGAAGGAGCGGAAGUCGUACCUCGACGACCCACUGAAGGGACUACUGUAG